GGCAAUCCCUCGUCCGCUGCGCUCCACAAACGUUUACUGUACGAAGCGUCGAAACAGCGCUGUUUACGAAUAUACUGUUGCGAAGUGUGCCCGAGUUAAGUUGGCCGGCAAUAAUUUAUAAAUAUGAACGUCAUUGGAAAUCUGCCUGUGAUUGUGAAAAACUGUAAUAAGUGAAAUAUUACAAAAGCUUACAAGAAAGGAAGUUUAAAAAAGUUUUGUAAACUUUGAGCGCUCUCGAAAGUUGUACAAAAAAGUUUGUGUGUUCCAAAAGUUUUUUCUUCAUAAAAAUGUGGUGUGUGGUGCCUCGAUAGUAAUGUAAUGCGAUCAAUUUAACACAUUGUUACAUUGAUGAGGACAGUUUGCUCAUCUAUUAAAUACAAUUUAAGGCCGUAAACAACCACCAAUAUGGCGCAAGAAAACAGCAACUCUACGAUGGAAAUGGGGACCAGUGAUCAGGUCCUUGUUACGACAAAGAGGAAGAAGACACUGACGUACACAAUCGGCGGCAUUGCAAUGGUCGCCGUGAUCGCCGUCGUGGUGACCCUAGUGGUAGUGCUGUCUGGCAACGAGGGCGGGGAGUCCCAGCCCAUCGUGUCGACGACUGUAGUUCCGACGACGAUUAUAAGCACGACCGCACCACCAGUCACCAUUCCAACUCCAGCGCCUACCACGACGACGAGUCCUCCUCCGGAAGAAGACCAUUUGAUUGACUUAGAAUCCAUCAUCAAUGGAGUGUUCGCGCCAGCCAGUUACAAUGGCACUUGGACUUCAGAUAACGACGUCAUGUUCAGGAGUGCUAGCGGGGACCUGGUAUUGUACGAUGUAGACAGUGACAGCACAACGUUGCUCAUCAGCAACACAUCACAGCUUCUCCAGCAGUCAUCACGGGUAACUCUACUCUCCAACGAUGGCGAACUGGUGGUGCUGGCUCAUGAUGUGAUUCCGAAAUACAGAUACAGUUUCUACGGGCGUUACACUGUCGUCGACAAAGUCACUGGUCAAGAGACGAAUAUUCUGCCUCCCGGUGUGAACGCGACCCAGGCGUUUCUCCAGAACUUCGUGUGGAGUCCUUCAGGCAGUGCACUGGCCUUCGUAUUCCAAAACAACAUAUAUUACCAGUCGAACUUUACCAGCGAACCGGUAGCUAUCACAGAGACCGGAGAAACCGAUGUCAUUUAUCAUGGCAUUCCUGAUUGGGUUUACGAAGAGGAGGUGUUCUCUUCUAGCAACGCUAUGUGGUUCUCUGCUGACGGAGCGAAGCUCGCUUACGCCACUUUCAACGACACCGAAGUACGGCGGAUGAAAGUCCCUCAAUAUGGCUUGCCCGGAUCUGUCUACUACCAGUAUACUCAGCAUCAUGAGAUCAGAUAUCCCAAGCCUGGUACCACCAACCCAACCGUGUUUGUUACACUUCGGGACCUGGGAUCUACAACUGAAUCUGAAACUGUUUUUAAUCCGCCCACCGCUCUGAGCGAGCCUAUCUUGAAGUCGGUACAGUUUGUUAACCUAGACUCUAUCGCUAUCAUGUGGACCAACCGAGUGCAAACCCAGCUCACGGUUGAGUUGUGUACAUUCCAAGCUGCUUGUUCUACGAUAUUCUCCUACACCGAACCUAAUGGAUGGAUUGAUAACAUUCCGUUUAUCUUCAAUAAGGAAGGAAACUCAUUUAUAACGAUAUUACCGGAAGUAGUCAACGGCAAAAUGUUCAAGCAAGUGGUACAAGUGUCGGAUGUGAACGACAGUAUGUGGACGAACGCUAGCCGCUCCAACACUCCUCACACAGUCUCCAAAAUUCUCAUGUGGACUCCUGACGAUGUUGUGUGGUACGAAGCUACCCACGUGGACGAUACUACACAGCAGCACGUGUACGCCUCCGAGGCGAGCGGGAGUGUACGUUGCUUCACCUGCAACGUAAGCCGGUCCGAUGGCGGCGCCUGCCUCUACAACGAGGGACAUCUUAGCAAGGACGGCUCAAGAAUCGCCGUUAACUGCGCCGGCCCCCACAUCCCGCAGACUUUGAUUUACACUACGAAUGGAACGCGCAUUAACACAUGGGAUACUAACGAGGAAAUAUCUACAUUACUUGCCGGUCGCCCAGUUCCUGAAACUAUACAUAUCUCGUUGCCGUCCGCAGACAUUCAAUUACAAGUGCCUAAAGAUUAUCUGAGCAGAACUAAUGUGCCUCUUUUGAUAGAUGUAUACGGUGGUCCUGACACAGCCUUUGUGACUAAGCAGUGGAGCAUCGACUGGGGCUCAUCAUUGGUGGACCGUUGGGGCAUCGCUGUCGCUCACAUCGAUGGGCGCGGCUCAGGCCUGCGCGGCGUCGAAAACAUGUUCGCCAUCAACAGGAAGCUUGGCACCUUCGAGAUUGAGGACCAGAUAGCUGUCACAAGCUACCUGCAGCGCAACCACCCGUGGGUGGACAGCAACCGAACGUGCAUCUGGGGCUGGUCGUACGGCGGGUACGCGGCGUCGCUGGCGCUUGCUCGCGGAGGAAACGUGUUCCGAUGCGCCGCCGCCGUCGCGCCAGUCGCUGACUGGAGAUUCUAUGACACCAUAUACACAGAGCGCUACAUGGACUUACCUAGUGUGAAUGUGGAUGGCUACGCUCAAUCUUCGCUUCUUACUCAAGAAGUGGCGGAUGCGUUCCGGAACAAGCGGUACAUGCUGAUCCACGGAACAGCAGACGACAAUGUGCAUUACCAGCACGCCAUGCUUCUAUCGAGGCAAUUACAGAGACGGGACGUAUACUUCACGCAGAUGAGUUACACGGAUGAAGAUCAUUCAUUAGCAGGCGUACGGCCUCAUCUCUACCACGGUUUGGAGAAGUUCCUAGCAGAAAAUAUGCUGUAAUUAAGUGCUUCGCUCAAGGCAAUCAAAAAGCAUGUGAAAGUACCGGUUUAAAUACCAUUCCAAAUAUCAAACUGUUACAAAGUGAAAAAUCAGUGAAUUAUCAAAAGAAAGAAAAACUGUUCACAUCACAAACACGUUUCCAAAUGUUGAAUAAUGUUUUUUCUAAGAGUAUUUACUUAGUAAAAGACUUUUGAUUUUAACUUAAUUUAAUGUGAUUUAUAAUAUAUAAAACCGAAUAAUUUAAAUAAAAAUAAAGUCUUCCUUGGAUUUAUAUAGGACAUUUUAAGAUAACGCUCCGUUAUACUCAUCAAGCACUAAUCAAAUAUAGAAUUAUUUUGUAUGAUGUUUGCGCUUUUUCUGUAUUCCAAUUAGCAACAUGGCAUUCAGAAACAUCUUUGAAAGUUUAUGUACAAAUAUAUGAAAAACUCGAAAUUACCAAUCAUACUCGUUAUAAAACUAUACCGAGCAUGAUUAUCCAAAAUUAAAGUUUAAAUUUAGCUAAGCUGCUGCUAUUUAAUUUUGACAAUUCGGGUGGUCUUUUAUGAUGAACUAUUGCAAGAAGCGCAUAGUUGCGUAUAGAGUGUUACUUUGGAAUGCGUGUUUGUAAACGUCUUUUUCUAUAGAAUUUUCGUAUUUAGAUCGGUUUCCUUCCCAAAAAUUAUUUUCUUUUUAAUUUUUUUCCUUCUCUAUAUAAACUCCUUCUAUGUUUGAAAAAACGGAAUCGAGACCCAAAAAUUGUUUUAUAGAAUAUUACAACAGCGCACAAUUAAAUAACGAAUUUAGAUUAAUUGAAGCAAAUGCGCUGACUAGUAACUUAAUGAAGCAUUUAUUUAAUAUGUGUACAACUUUAUAAACUUACGGCCACACUCAGAUAGUGUAGCCGUAAGUUUUAAAGUUGUACACUGAUGUUUUAUAACACGUGCAAUAGCUAUGAAAUGUAGAUAUUUGUUUCUUUUUAGUGUCGGUUUCAUUUUUCUCAAACACAUCAGAAGAUAUUAUGAUGAUGUGCUGCCUAGCAUAACUGUAUGUGAUGUAAAAACAGCCACAGAUGAAGUUAUCCAAAAUUGUAAAUAUUCUUCAACUGACUUUGAGCUUUAUGUAACUUGAUAUAAGUUUCACAAUCUAUCGAGGAAAUUGUACUUAAAGUUUGUGGUACCUUUGUUGUGUGGCUGUCUGUAUUAUUAUUAGGCCGAAUCGAAGAGGCGCCGUAAAGUUUAUGAUAAAUAAUUCAACAGUAUACUUAUACCGGAUUGUUAAUUAAAAUCAAGUGCAGUAUUAACGAUCAUGUUAAAGUAUUUAAUAAUGCAGUGAAAAUUAUUGUUGCCUUUUAUAAAACACUGUUAAAAAUAAUAGAGACUUUUGAUUUGUUUUUUCUUUAACAUUUUUAUGAGUGUGUGUGUGACUUUACUGUUACCAAAUUUCACCAUAUCACUUAGAUUAACGAAUACUAUUGUGUCAAAUUAUAAUAUACACAGCUCGGCAAACUUCUUGAGCAUUGACCAGGAAGCUUGCGCAGUAGCAAUUUCACAUCAAAAUCGUGUUCUCUAAGUAAGUAAGUAAGUCUAUUUGUCUGUGGUUUUUAUCAAAUAGUUUGCUGCUACUUAUAUCUAUUUAUAAAUAUUUUUGACCCCAUUCCGAUGAAUAAAAUUAAAAAAAAAAAUGUUUUAUGAGACUUCAUAUUUGAAGGAGACAACGUGACAUUUUCGGAUAAUUGCAAGAUUAUUAUUAAUUAUUGCAAGAACGAUAACUUUUAAUUAAUGGUAGUUGUAUUUUGGGUAUUGUAAGGGUGCGUACAGUUUUGACGGAAACAUAAUUUUGUUUUAAAAUAGAAAGCUCAAUGUUCCCUUAAAGUCCACGUGGGUAAAAAUCUAAUAUACUAUAUUAUUUUUCCCGUAGACUCUUUUAAGUUAGUCAAACCGCUACAUCGCUUUGUAUCAAGUAAUCAAGUACGCAACGGUACCUACAUAUUUUUUCGAAUAAACAAAAUUUGCCAAAAAACAGGGCUCUGGGGGUUUGCGGAGUUGGUGACGACCUCACCUCACACACACCGCGAAACGUUGAACUAACUCGUGACAAUGUAACAUGACGCACACUUCGUGCAUUCAGCCGGUGUUCAUCGCGGAACGUUGAACUAAUUCGUGACAAUAUGACAUCACGCACAUUUUUCGUGCAUGCAGCCGGUGCUCAUGGAUUUAUAAGACGUUAUCACGUUAAAAUUAUGAAAACACCAGAAGAGGUGUCAAUGUGUCAUGCCUAAAGACAGGCUGAGCUUCCAUUUUAAAAUUUUACUUUAAAUCCUUAUGUGUAUUAUGUGUGCCAGAAUGUAAAUGACAAGACGAUCUGUCCCCUAGCAUGAGCACCGCGAUAUGAUAUAAAGCUGGAUUGUAUCGCGCUGAAUUUUCAAAUUAGUAUAGAGUUUGACAGAAAGAUGUGAUAAAAAACGUGAUUUAAUGUAAAUUGUUAUGUUCAUGCUACCAGGACAUGACGCAUUAUCGAGUUAGUAUGGAACGAGAAUACUUUUGCAAAUAUACAUUAAACCUCAGAUCUGUACAUCUACAAGCUCCAAAUUUAACUUGACGUUGCCAAAUUUAUUGCAGUAUGUUAACAGGGUUAAACGUAUUUAGAUAUUAUUUUAAUAACUAAUACGUGUAUUAUAAAAGUACCUGUAAGAGAUAUCGACGCAUUGUAAAGCUUACAUGUUAAAGUACGUUUCUUAAUAUUUAAAUGUGUACUUUAAGUACAAAAUAAUUAAUUAUAUCGUCUUAAUAAAUGUUGUUUUUUCUAACAGUUUAUUUGUUACAAAGUUAUUUUUCUUUUAAGUAUGAAUAAACUAUUUAACAGUAUCACAAGCAUUAUUGUGAUCAUGAAAUAAGUGGCUGAAAUACUUGUUUCAUAUUUAAUUUAUUUAAGGACAACCAACAAGAAUAUCCACUUAAAACAUAGCACAACAAUAAUUUAUAAAUAACAUUUCAAAGUGGUAUCCUAAUUAUAGGCUGUCACGGCAUGCAUUACCGACAAUAUUAACAAAGUGUGCAAUCUUGACAAAAUUAUAAAAUUAAAAGAAUGAUUAUUUUUUGCAAACAUGUUAUUAUUGUGUCACCCAUAUUGAACAGGCAUCUGAACAUAACCAAUACGACAGACCAAUUGUGAAAUAAAGAAACAAAAGAUACAGAUAGCCUUGGGCAUAAAUAAUUUAAAUUUAGAUGAUCAUGGUAGGUUGCAUGGUAAAUUAUCAAAAUAUAUAAAAGAAGAAACUGAUUGACUGAUAUAUCAACGCACAGCCUAAACCGCUAAGUCCAGAGACUCUAAAUUUGGUAUGUAGGUUCCUUAUGAAGUCUAGGGGUGCACUAAGAAUAUAUUUUUCAAAAUUUACCCCGAAGGAGUUAAAAUAGAGGAUGAUAGUUUGUAUAAAAAAUCUAAUUCCUUGAGUUAAUAGACUUCAAACUUGGUACGAAUACUUAUCUCAAUAAAUUAUAAAGUUUG